AUGUGGGAUGGAGCGGCGAUCCGACGCUUUGUCCAUCCCACAGUCGCCUUGCUGGUUGUAGCCAACCUCAUCAGCGGUAGUUUUGGUAGUUCAGGUGAGGUUUAUAUUAUACUUGAAGUUGACGUCAAUUUUUUGAAUUUGUGUAGUAAACACCGAAUUUUCAGACGAAAUCAAAUGUUUCUGUGAUAAAUUAACCUGCCCUGGGUCAUUAGUUUGCACCGGCAAGUGGUGUCUUAUUGGAAUUAGUACAGAAGGUAAGUUUGAAACAUCUUUCAUCGUAUAAAAUGUCAGAUUUGGCGGAUAAGGGGCAAAAUUGUUAUUUCUAGAUGUCUAUGUAGUAUAAAAAUCGUAUCUAUAUCAACUUAAGUGGUCUUUUUGCUUACUAUUAGGCCAAAAAACUCAAAACAUCUUUCGUCGUAUAAAAUGUCACUUUUUGCGAAAAACGUGACAUUCAAAGGGAAAAAUUGAUAUUUAUAGUUUUUUAGGAGUUUAUGCAGUAUUAAAAUCGUGUUUACUUUAUUUUAAGCCGGCUUUUUACUUACUAUUAGGCCAAAAAACUCAAAACAUCUUUCGUCGUAUAAAAUGUCACUUUUUGCGAAAAACGUGACAUUCAAAGGGAAAAAUUGAUAUUUAUAGUUUUUUAGGAGUUUAUGCAGUAUUAAAAUCGCAUUUACUUUAUUUUAAGUCAUCUUUUUACUUACCAUUUGGCCAAACAAAAACUCAAAACAUUUUUCAUCGUAUAAAAUGUCGUUUUUCGCCGGAAACGGUGUCUAAGCGAUAUUUCAGCGUACGAAAGCCCUCUAUAUUUUCAAAAGAGAAAUAAUUCGCGUAUUUUACCCCAAAUUUCAGGCGGAAACGGCCGUCUGGAUCAGUUAUGCGGCUGGGACGACCGCGACCGACCGGUCGAUUGUGCCAAGGAUUUCGACCGCUGGACCGAGGUCUGCGCCUGUGAUGAGCCCCUAUGCAAUACGUUCGCGCAUCUGCGGUCCAACAUGGACCAGCGACGAGAGGGCGACUACGAGAUGACUCGUUAUGGAGCGGGUUCCAAAGGGGUAAGGAGAAGAUAAAGUGAUGCAAAAAAUUCCUAUUUUUUGGCAAUGAGAUAAAUCUAAAUGAGUGUAAAUCGUACGUAGAACCUGUUCAAACAGUUGCUCUUGUUUACAACCUCUAUUUUACCAAAAAAUUUUGUGUUUUUGCACUAGGAGCUCAAGUGCAACAUAAGGUCAGAAAUUUGUAAAAACUCUACAGAAAUUAGCCUAACCCUCCUUAAAAUUCUAUUUCUCCAAUAUUAAUCACCGGAAAUUUUUUUUUCUGGUAUUUUUUCCAAAUUUUAGGCCAAAAUUUGAUGAAAUUGCAAAAUAAAAGGGAAUCUUGGUCGUACUGUGAGGGACCGGAUCCAAUGGCAAAAAACGUCUCAUUUUGCAUCCCGGAAGGGACCAAAAUGUCUCCAAACCCUUCCCUUCUCUAAGCUAAAAAAACCCCGCUUUGAAAACCCCGCCUUGAAGGAAAGGGCGCGCUUUUCAAAGCGGAGUUUUUUAGCUUAGAGAAGGGAAGGGUUUGGAGUCAUUUUGAUCCCUUCCGGGAUGCAAAAGGAGACGUUUUAUGCCAUUGGAUCAGGUCCCUCACUGUACGACCAAGAUUCCCUUUAUUUUCCAAUUUUCAUCAAAUUUUGGCCUAAAAUUUGGAAAAAAAUACCAGAAAAAAAAUUUCGGUGAUUAAUAUUGGAGAAAUAGAAUUUUAAGGAGGAUUAGGCCAACUUCUGUAGAGUUUUUACAAAUUUCUGACGUCCUCAACUUCUUGAGGGCUGAAAUUGAUUUUUUUAAGACCCUGUGCUUCUAAACCCUUCUAAACGCCAACAAAUUUCAGCGUGACUAUCAGCAAGGCCCGAGCAAGUCGCGCGGUUGGUACCAAGGCAGCAACUUGAUCGUCCUCUUGGUCAUCAUACCGCUGGCCGUCGGUGGGAUGGCCGUUUGUCUGGUGUUCGUCAACUACCACUGCAAAAUGACUUAG